ACAUAAAAGUGGCUCUGCACAUAAGGCAAAAAGUGAAUUAAAGUGCAAUCAAUUUUUAAAGAAUUUAACAACAAAAAUUAAAAUUCAACUGGCGCAGACAACUGGCAUAGUUUCCCUCACGCAAUUUGACUGAAAAAUCGUCGGUAAUAAAAAUGCGAACGCGUGCCGCGUGAAAAGCGUCGCGAGUCUCUUGGAAAAUAGACUAAAUCGGGAAGACAUGGGCGACACAUUGGAUGAGAAGCCACCGUCGCGACGUGAUAAGCCGCAAACGCUGAACAUUAGCCCCGCUGAGGCAGCAGCAGCAGCAGCAGCGACAGCUGCUGCAACAAGCCAUGCGGCCAGCGUUGCUGCAACGACGAGUUAUGCGCACCCGCGAUUACAUAGUGAACCGGUACGGGAUCGGGUACGGGAACGUGAUCACACCAGCGAUGCUCUGAGCUCCAUGGGCAGGCGCCAUGAUGAAUUUGCGAACCCAGCUGCACCACCACCACCACGUCGCGAAAGUCUCAACAGCUGCGACCAGCAGCAACAGCAACAGCUGGCGAGCAGUCCUGGCGGCACCGGUCUACACAAGGCACUCGGAUCGAGUGGUCGCUCGGCAACAGCAGCUGGCCUCAAUUCGCGGUACUCGUCCAGCGUUGUGGUUGGCGGUGGCGUUGGCAAUUUGGCCGGCACCACAACGCGCAAGUGCGUCUUAACGCUGGACGGGUACUCCUAUGUUAUAGUUGCCAGCACGCCGGAGACUCUGCCGACUAAGCGUGAGGAGGCGACCGCGGGGGCAGGUGCGGACAGCGGUGGCAGCAGCGGCAUUGGAGCUGCAACAAGCAGUGGUGGUGCAGCAACGUCAGCAGCAGGAGACGGCGCAAGUGAGCCAAACAACGGCGAACAGAGCCCCACAAGCUGUGAAUUGGGCAGCAGUAUUCAAUGCGCCAAUGCGACAAUAAAUGGUCAAGUAGCAAAGCACGGCUCACUUACAAUUGUACGGCGUUCGAAUAGUCGCAAGAGCUUCGCACAAAUCGACGGACAAUCGCAGACAGUCGCCUCGCCCUCGUCGAGCAGCAGCUUCUUUCAGACGCCGCUCAGUGAGUCACUCGCCGAGCGUCUAACUGGUCGGGGUAGCAACGGAACUGCUGCGUCAUCGUCGUCAACGAUCGGCGAGAAACGUUCGAUAGAAAGCGCAUCGAGGAUUCUAAACUCCGCCGGCAAAAUGCAGCCGUCUUCGCCAAAUAAAACAAAUUUCGCAACCGAUGCGACACCAGCCGCGUUAGAUCGAAACACCAGCGAAUACAGAGCAGGUCGCGAAUCUAGCGAAUUUUUGAAUUCGACUACGGGCACAUUAUUCCCAAUUAACGAUCGAGAAACGUCGGAUCAAUCGAUAGACACGGGCUCAAAUUUAUCGGUCGCCGAUGCAUGGGAAACGGAAACUUUGCCACCUGUCGAUACGCCAGAUGCUCUCAAUAAAGCAGCUGUGAGAAUACGCAGCCUGCUGCGUAGGAUGGAUCAUGAGACCGUUGCCUACGAGGAUAUGCAUCGCAAUCUGCAUUAUGCGGCACGCGUGCUCGAAGCUGUCUUCAUAGACGAGUCAAGAAGCCCCACAUCAGGUAAAAGUAAAUUGGGGCAGAUUGCGUCUUCAUCCGUUGAGAGCGAAGAUGAUAAUGUUGUUAAGCGCUGCAACGGCAACUGUAAAAAUCUGAACAACAACAACGCAAACAGCAGCUGCGGCCUGCAUAAAGCUGCGGCAACAGCAGCAGCGGCAGAGGAGCAGUCGUCAGACAAUCAGACGACGAGCAUCGAAAGUCGCACAAAGGGCGUUUCCCUGGCGCCGCAAACACACAGCGGACCCACUGGGCCGCCGGAAGUGAGCAAAACACUUGAAUCUGUGCAAGAGGAGCAAGCAACUACGACGGCGACAGAGACGACGACGACGACGACAACAGCAACAACAACAAUAGCAACAAAAACAACAACAGAAGUCCCAAAAGCAGGUGACGCAAGUGGAACGAGCGGAUCGAGUGAAACGAGCCAAGCUGCCGGUCAAAGUGUUUCCAGCAGUAGCAGUUGCAGUAAUAAAGCGACCGUUCAGCGACAAAGACGCCUGCGCACACCGGUCUGGGCAAGAUCAAUGUCAACGAAUAAAACGCGCCUGGCCGAUGAGGAUGACGAGCUGUCCGAAGUGCAACCGGAUGCGGUGCCACCCGAGGUGCGCGAGUGGUUGGCCUCGACCUUCACGCGCCAAAUGGCCACCACUCGCACCAGGAGCGAUGAGAAGCCCAGGUUCCGAUCGGUGGCCCACGCCAUUCGCGCCGGCAUCUUUGUGGAUCGCAUCUACAGGCGUGUCUCCAGCUCGACCCUGAUGCAAUUUCCACCCGAUGUCGUCAAGCUGCUCAAGAACCUUGAUGAAUGGACGUUUGACGUGUUUGCAUUGACCGAGGCAGCCAGUGGCCAGGUGAUUAAGUAUGUGGCCUACGAUCUGCUCAAUCGCUAUGGGGCCAUGCACAAGUUCAAGAUAGCGCCCGGGGUACUGGAAACGUUCCUGCAUCGCGUGGAGGAGGGCUAUUGUCGGUAUCGGAAUCCAUAUCACAACAAUCUGCACGCGGUGGAUGUGAUGCAUACGAUGCACUAUUGCCUGUGCAAUACGGGCCUGAUGAACUGGCUGACGGAUUUGGAGAUCUUUGCAUCGCUGCUGGCCGCACUGCUGCAUGACUUUGAGCACACGGGCACCACCAACAAUUUCCAUGUGAUGUCCGGGUCGGAGACGGCGCUGCUCUACAAUGAUCGGGCCGUGCUCGAGAAUCAUCAUGUGAGCGCCAGUUUUCGCCUGAUGAGGGAUGACGAGGCCAACAUCCUAUCGCAUUUGUCGCGCGAAGAGUUCAAGGAGCUGCGCACUCUUAUCAUUGACAUGGUGCUUGCCACCGACAUGACCUAUCACUUUCAGCAGCUGAAGAUAAUGCGCAACCUGCUCACGCUGCAGGAGCCCACCAUUGACAAGUCGAAGGCGUUGUCGUUGGUGCUGCACUGCUGUGAUAUUUCCCACCCGGCCAAACAUUGGGAUGUCCAUCAUCGCUGGACCAUGCUGCUGCUGGAGGAGUUCUUUCGCCAGGGUGAUCUCGAGAAGGAGCUCGGCUUGCCGUUCAGUCCGCUCUGCGAUCGCAAGAAUACGCUCGUCGCCGAAUCUCAAAUCGGCUUCAUCGAUUUCAUUGUGGAGCCCAGCAUGAGCAUUAUGUCCGAUAUGCUCGAGCAUAUUCUGGCGCCGAUUGCGCCGGUGAUUAAAACCAAGCCAGCGCCACUGACAGAGGAGGCGGUCGGUGUCGCUGAACCGGAGGGCGAUGAUGCAAAGCUAUCGACCACAUGCCCCAUGAUGCGCAAAAGCAUUGCAUCCUCUGCCAACAAGUUCACCAUUAACAAACCAUGGCUAACCUGUCUCACCGAAAACAAGAAGAUCUGGAAGGAGCAGGCCAUCAAAGAUGCCGAGGCACGAGCGCUGCUCGCCGCCGCUGAAGCUGCUGCCGAGCCCGAAGCCGACGAUAAAAAGCCCGCCGCCGAAACCGAAUCAGGCGAGCAAAAGGAAACGGCAACAGAGGCCUAAAACUCUGCCUAAAACUAAAUGUGGCAUUGACAAGCGUUUAACUAAGUAGUCUCUAAUACAAAGUACAGAUACAAAAGAUAUACAUAUAUAGAUAAGUACAAUCUCUGCACAGAUUAUAAUUAGAACAAGAACAGCAAGAACAAGAACAAGAACUAUGUAGGGAUGUAGGGGCAUGUACAUGUACACGUAAAUAUCUAAUUUGAAAACUGUAUAAAAAACAUAAUAUGUUGAUAAACAAAAUGUAAUGGUAAGAAUAACAAAAAACAAAUCGGCUAAUUGCGCAGCUUCUUAAGCGCUAUAUUUUCAUGUUAGUAGCUGAUCAAUCAAAAAGCAUAUAUAGGAUUAUCCACGCAAAAAUAUGAAUAUUAUUGAAUGUACUAUUUGAUAUAUAGUAUAAUCUGUUGUUGCAACUAGUUUGUUAAUAAUGCUAAGCAAAACUGAAAACUGACAAAAACAAAAGCAAAAACGAUUCGAAAAUAUUUGCGCAGAGCACAAUUCGAGAGCAUUUUUACUUUCCGGUAUCAUAUAGAAAAAACAAACGAAAAACUCUGUAAAUAGUUGGCAUUUGUAUGAAAUUGUUUCGCUUUAUGUCAGCAACAAUAAUUGAUAAGCAUUUACUUAGCUUAGUUUAUAGAGUUGAAAUAUUUACUUUAACUGCUUCAAAGCAAACUCUCUACUUACCCUUUAUGUAUUUCUAUAUAUAUUUUCUUAAGUUCAUUUUUAAACCAAUUUGGAAUUUAUUGUACGAUUAUGUUUUUAUAAAUUUUCUGUAUGCAACAUCUUUAAUUAAAUCAUAUUCUUUUUGUAAUGCUUCAACUUGUUUUGUUAUUUCACAUAUAUAAAUAUUUAUCUAUGGUUAUUUCCUACACUAAAUUGCUCAAUUGCUGGAUUGCAAGCGAGGACACCUUGGGCUGUCUAGAUGUUAAGUACCUAACUAGCAAGGAAGAGAAGAAACCCCAUACCUGAGACAACAACUAGUUAUACAAUUACUGUAAAUAUCUAAAGGACCUCUAACAGACUUUUCAAAAAAAAAAAACAAGAAAAGAAAUCUCUAUUUACUUGAAUUUUUCCACUCUACAUAUGCACAUGGCUACCUAAUCGAUGCAUACCUCUUAUCGUAUGUAUUUGAAUGUUAAGAAUAUUUAUAUAAUAAUGCAUACACAUACGACCUAAACUCAUAAUCCUAAUGGCGCACUACAUCCAAUAAGUGUUGUUUAACCAUAAGCAUAUUUAUUUUUAUACGUGAACAAGGCUACUGUUUACAAAAAACGAAAACCAAAAACAAAACAAAAACAAAACAAAAAACAAUAUCUAUAACAAUUUAUAUGUUAGACGAUUCUUUUCGUUGAGUUCUUGUGCGUGUUUUUCUCGUAUUCGAAGAAGAAUUCAAACUAAAAUGUUUUAAACGUUUUUCAAAAUGUCUGAUAGCGGGACCAUUCUUUUAAGAUUUACCACUGCUCUUACCACACAGCGACAGUUGGCAGAGAGACAGAUUGGGUUCGAAGGCGACGAGCGAGAUGGCGAUAUGAUAUGAAGGGUAUUUCCCGGUGUCGAUCGUGUUCGUGUCUUGGGCAACAGAGUCAAGGAUCGGGGCGGGCGCGGCAAAGAGCAGUGGUAAAUGUGCUUAGCAGUAAGGUACCAAAUUAUCAGCUGAAAUUGGGAUCAUAGCUUUAUUAAGGUAGUAAAUACUCGUAAUUAACUACUAUAGUUGGUAACAGUGCAUGUAGUGCACAC